GGAUAGGGCGUGGGGUAGCGCGUCGGGACGUCCCUCGCGUCGGGCCGUCCCUCGCGUCGGGCCCGACGGCGCUUGCGCGCUGCGCGGCCGGUGGGGCUGCUGGGGGGCGGGGCGGGGGCAAGUGUGGCCUCUUUGCCUCAUUGUCCCCUAGCGCCGCCCGGACAUCGCGCAGGUCGCCGGCACCAUGAAGAUCUGGACUUCGGAGCACGUCUUUGACCACCCGUGGGAAACUGUUACAACAGCUGCAAUGCAGAAAUACCCAAAUCCUAUGAACCCGAGUGUGGUUGGAGUUGAUGUAUUGGACAGACAUGUAGAUCCCUCUGGAAAGCUGCACAGCCACAGACUUCUCAGCACAGAGUGGGGACUGCCUUCCAUUGUGAAAUCUCUUAUUGGUGCAGCAAGAACCAAAACAUAUGUACAAGAACAUUCUGUAGUUGAUCCCGUAGAGAAAACAAUGGAACUUAAAUCUACCAAUAUUUCAUUUACAAAUAUGGUUUCAGUAGAUGAGAGACUUAUAUACAAACCACAUCCUCAGGACCCGGAAAAAACGGUUUUGACUCAAGAAGCCAUAAUCACUGUGAAGGGAGUCAGUCUCAGCAGUUACCUCGAGGGACUGAUGGCAAGUACGAUAUCUUCAAAUGCUAAUAAAAGUGCUAGGCUAGACUGGGGAUACAGCGGGGAGCAAAACAAACGUGGUCCCUACCCUCGUGGAACUAAGAGGAAAGCGACAAGUAAUCACACAACACGGCAUUAGGAAAGGAAAAAUACAGAAAGGGCCGAGAAGCAAUGGAAUGGGUAAUACAUAAGUUAAAUGCUGAGAUUGAAGAAUUGACAGCUUCAGCAAGAGGGAGCAUCAGGACACCGAUGGCAGCAGCAGCAUUUGUAGAGAAAUGAUGAUCAAAGUUGAUAUACAACACCCAGUCCCCCAGGUCUCUACAAGCUGACAAGAUAUUUAUUUGUUAUUUAAAAAAUACAACUAUAUUUUAGGUAGAAUUUUUUUUUUAAUAAGCUGGAAAAAGGCUCUGAUUUUUGAUCAAAACAAAGAGGUACAGGUUUUCUAAAUAAAAGGGAUCAUCUGAAAGUAGUGUUGUUUGAAAUGACCAUCUAAUUUUUAGGAUUCCAGUAUUUACGUGAAAAUUUAACAGUUUUUGGAAAUUGGUUUUGGCAUAUUAAAUCUCCUUAAGGUAGAAUUUUAAAGCUUUUCAUGCAGUGGAACUCUACCUGGCUUUGGACCAACCCCAGAGCAGAGCCUCCUCUUAAAUACACACAGUUGCCCUGCUGCGGUAAACUGCAGGAGCUUGCAUGAGGGAACUCAUUUUAAAAAAGGAGAAAUUGCAUAGUUUUAAACGACAUUGAUUUGUAUAAAAUAACUUGCUCUGCUAUAAACCACCAUUAAAAACCAGUGUUUUAAUUUGGUACUUAAGUGACAUUUUUGGAGUGAAAAUUAUCACUAAAGUAAUAUAUGAUUACAACAAAAAUAUGAUUUUAUUGUAUCCAAGAGUACUGUAUUGAUUUGCCAAAGUUUUAUAACUUAGUAAAGGUAUUACCUUCCUUGGAUUUGUACUUUGACUUGGUACUUAGUAUGCUGUACCGUGGGUUGGUUAUGUUAACUGGAAAAAUAAAGUCAUUACCGGAAUUUUGCAGUACUCCAAACUUAAACAGAAGAACAGCUGUUCACAUCUUUUAGCAUUUCACAUUUGCCUAACUUAUAAAUUGCCAUGUGUCAAAAUCAUGGUUCUGUAAUUGCUAAAGCAUGAUAUGUCAGGUUAUUUGAAUAUAAUUACUUUUUGAAAUAAUUGUGACCACAAAACAGCUUUUUUAAAACAUGAAGAGCUGUACAUCAUUUGAAAUUACUCAAAUGACGUCUUGAUCUGAAGCAUAAAUCCCAGGUACUUAGUGUUUUUAAUGAUGUGCCACUGUGGUGGGUGGGGGCGGUGGGGAGGAAAAAAUAAUGAGAACAAAAGCAUUGACCUAAACUAACCACUACGUGAAUUACUUUGCAGCUUUUAUUUAUGGGAAAUCCUUAUUUUAGAUUCUAAAAGGCAGCUGCAAUCUCAAAAACAAUCCAGUAAAUGUAUUUUGUCUCCUAUUUUGUAGCAGGCAGAUAGCACCCAGUAAAUCAUAUCUUUGAUACCUGCAGUUGUUGCACACAGAGUAUUUUUCUUAAAAGGUGAUGAGCUCUUGCCUUUAUUUUACAAUGAUAAACUUCUAAUCAGGUUUCCUGUAAGAGAAACCAGGUAAUAUAUGUACAUAAACCACAGAAAUAGUAUCCAAACUAUUUAAAAAUUAGUGUUUUUCUACUUAAAAUACUGUUUAGCUUAAGACUUCUUAGGGCAUUUGUGAAAAAUAAAUCUAAUAAGGUUUUGAUUAUUUUUUGUAACCAGACAUGGUUCUUCGAACUGAAGUAACAUUUCAUCUAAACAAAACAUUGCUAAAUAUUGAAUUUGAUAAAAACUUGCCUUGUAUAAUUUUUGUAAAUUCUGAAAAAGGUGUAGUGCCCCAAUGAUAAAAAGAUUUCUAAACAAAUUUUUAUCUUGAUUUUUUACUCUGAUCUAAUGAUAAAAUUGUGUACAUUUUCGUUUUCCAAUAUAGUUCUUUUAAUUAAAUAGCUGGUAGUUUGGGCUUUUACCUGUUAAAAUACAAAUACACAGAAAGCAGAUGCAUUUGAGAGGACUAAACUGGAAUAGCCUUGGUAGAUUAGACUCGAACUGUGGAGCAUCUUAGCCUAUUUAAUAUUAAAAAUGGAUCUUACAUGAAUUAAGAAAAACCUUUCUUGUUAAUAAAAACUUCAUUUUAACUAC